AUCUAUUUGUAUAUUAAUUAGAGAUAUAUUGUUACAGCAUGGAUUCAUCAAUAUUUCAAAUAGAUAAUAAAAGUAUUUCUAUAAAUUUUUGCAAAAAUUCCAUCACCAAUGACACCAAAGACACCGAUAACAUUUCUUCGCAAAUCAAAGUAACAUAUACUCAGCGGUGUGUCUCACCAGAGCAUGUUAUCGAAAAUGAUUUAAACAAAAGUACUAAAGAGAAAGACAUUCCAAAAAAGAUAAUAGAUAUUACUUUGGAAGAUUCAUCGAUAGAAGAAAUCAAACCUGAUACAAGCAGCGAUACCGAAGAGUGUGAUUUUACUCAGCGCUCUAUAGUGAAGGAACAUCUAAAAAAAACUAAAACAUACAAGCCUUCUAAAAAAGUCUGCGAAAAACAUGUUGAAUAUAUUAUAGAAGUAAGUAAAAGUAGAGCUAAAUCUCCAAUUUGUAAUGCUACGACAUCGAAGAAGCCCAAAAUAUAUAAAGCUAAUCCACAGCGGAAACUCAUAAAGGGUAAAGAUAGAAUGGAUUCAUAUAAAUUCCAAACUAAAAAAGGUAUUGAAUUUAUAAACUUAUGCGAAGACUCUCCUACCAAAGAUUUGACUUUGCGGUGCGAAGAAACAUAUGAUCAUAGUUCAUAUCGAAACCAAAUUAGUAAAGCUGAUUUGACAAAAUCCACUUCGACAACAUCUAUUUCAUCAGCAUCCACUCUACCUGCUGCUUGGAAAAAUAACAAAGAUCAAUGUGUAUCAAUAAAUGAAAUGAACAAUGAGUAUCUCAUCAACGGUGUUAAAGUGACAUUUCCAAUGGUACCGUAUGAUGCUCAGAAAUCUGUUAUGAGAAUAGUCAUUAAAAAUUGCACGAACUCAACUAACUGUUUGAUCGAAAGUCCUACCGGUAGCGGAAAGACCUUAGCUCUACUUUGCAGCGUAUUGGCUUGGCAAACUAAAUUUGUUGAGGAUAUUGAAGGGACGUUCGAUGACCUCUCACGACGUACAGAAAUAGUUGGCAAGGGGGAAGGCAAUAAUAAGAAGAAUGAAUGUUGUGGUGAACAAAAUAACAAAGGUUCUUCUUCUUCUUCUUCUUCUUCUGCGUCCGAUACAACGAAUCUUACAAGUACUAGAAAAUUAAAUGAACCUCUCUACGAAAAAAUGUUUAAUUUGUGCAAUGCUUUUGGCGAUGAAGAGGGAAAAUGCAAAAAAAGGGCACCAAAAAUUUAUUAUACUACCAGAACGCAUCGUCAAAUAAAACAAGUCGUGAAGGAACUUGGUAGAACCGUCUAUAAAAAUACAAAAAUGACUAUACUAAGUAGUCGUGAACACACUUGCAUUCAAGAUGUUCCUGGAAAUAAAACUGAACUUUGUCAUAAUCUACUAGAUCCUGAAAAGUCAUCCGAAUGUCCUUUUUACAAUAAUAACAAUAAAAAGUUAUUAUCAAGUUUUGCUCAAUUGAAAUGUAAAGGAAUGUCGAUGCCAUUUGAUAUAGAAGAUAUAGUUAAAGUUGGUAAAAAGUAUAAUCUAUGUCCAUAUUUUGGUACUAAAAGUUUAAUUGAAGAAGCUGACAUUAUUUUUUGUCCGUACAAUUAUAUCAUUGAUCCAGAAAUUCGUGAAAGCAUGCAAAUCAAUUUAAGAGAUCAAGUUGUCAUAUUUGACGAGGGUCAUAAUAUCGAAGAUAUCUGUCGCCGAGUUGCUGGUGCCCAAUUUUCAACAGUCGAACUACAAGUUAUCAUAGACAAUUGCAAAGUGUUACUAUCUCAACCAUUCAUUGAACCUGUUGAACUUGACGCUUAUAAUACCAUCCAACAAUAUGUGACUAUGCUUAAAGAGUUCAUGAAUCAAACUCCCCUCUCUUAUACGAAAAAUAGUGCAGAAAUGACAAGUUCUAUAUGGACGGGUAACCAAUUAAUAGGAUUAUUGGAAAUGAACGAUAUUGGUUUGGAAGGAAUCACGAAAUUAGCAGUGGCUGUACGAUUUGUUAUAGAUGAAUUUAAUAAAGCGAAAGAAAAUGUUCAUAAUACUAAAUUGUAUAACAAAAAUUUAACAAUUUCACGAAUAACAAAAAUGCUUCUUCACAGUAUAACCCUUGCUUUAAAAACAAUAGCAACGCAAGAGUAUGAAAAUGAUUACAAAGCUUAUAUAGACGAAUCGUACUGUACGGAUCUAACUGACAAAAAUUUAAACGAAAGUUGGAUGCUAUCACGAAAGGUAGUAGGAAAACGUUUAAGAACAUUUAGGUUGAUUUGCUUGAACCCGGCUAUCAUAUUUGGCCCUUUGGCACGACAGGUCAGAUCAAUUAUUUUAGCAUCAGGUACCUUAACCCCAACGGAAUCUUUUGAGAGUGAACUUGGAACGAAAUUUGCCGAUAUCCAUUUUACCGAUCACGUUAUCAGCAAAGAUCGGGUGUUUGUAAAAUGCGUGCCAAAGGGACCAAGUGGAACGCUUCUAAAGGCUAACUUUACCAAUGUGAAUACUUGGCAAUUCCAGGAUGAACUAGGUCAAUUGAUACUUAAAGUCAUCGAAGCCGUACCUCAUGGAAUAUUAUGUUUCUUUUCAUCAUAUAUAAUGAUGAAUAAUCAAAUCACUAGAUGGAAAUUUACUCAAAUUUGGCAACAAAUAGAAAAAUAUAAAAAGAUCUUUGUGGAACCUCGGGAGAGUUCUGAUCUAAAAGAUGUGAUGGAACAAUAUCGUGAAGUAAUAAACGAAACGUCGGAAGUAAAUGUUGAUAAUAACAAAGACCAGCACUAUUCAGGUGCCAUUUUAUUUGCCGUAUUUCGUGGUAAAGUCGCCGAAGGUAUUGACUUCAGCGAUGACGAGGCGCGUUGCGUUAUUACGAUCGGGAUUCCAUAUCCUGUAAAAAGUAGCAAGGAUAUCCAAAUGAAGUGGGAAUACAACGACAAAAACAUUUCAAGAGGACUACUUAGGGGUUCCGAUUGGUACAAUAUUCAAGCCUUUAGAGCUUACAAUCAAGCGGUAGGUCGGUGCAUUCGGCACAAAAAUGAUUGGGGUGCCAUUUUAUUGGUAGAUGAAAGGUUUUUAGUACAAACAUACCAAAGUAGUUUACCCAAGUGGACACGCAAUGCGCUACUCAAAAAUAGUCAUAAUGAGAAUAUUGCGAAGGAAUUAAAAGCUUUUGUCCAAUCGAUAAAGACGCCAUUAUAGGAAGAUGUGGCAUA